CCGUCGUCUAAGCCCCGGGAGGGCUCUGUGGUGCACGCGCAAAACAACUUGCCGGUAGCCGUUGAAGGCACUUCCGCGGGUCAGGUAGGGCUCGUGACGGACUCCAACAGCAAAACGUCGGUAGUGGUUUCGCGUGCCGAGUUAAGACGCCGCAGUGUAGUGUCGACAAAAGCCGAUCCGGAUAACCAGUACUGGCAGUACCCGGUAGAGUACUCCAUCACACCGUACACGUACUCUUUCAAGGUGUCUGACGAACCAGAGUCGGUUUUGCCGCUUGACAAGCAGACGAUGCAUCUCAAGGAUAGCAAGUUCUUCAAGUACUUUGCGACGUACGUGUCGCGUGAUCCGUUGAACGACCGAUCGGUGAAUGACACGUUCGAGAGCUUUCCCACGGUGGAUUCCGCCAAGUUGGCGCGUUUCUCCAAGAGACCGAAGAACGUGAAGAUGUUGACCAGCGACUUUAUCGAAGACUCCUUGUACAACCCGCACUAUGGAUACUUCAACAAGGAGGUGGAGAUUUUCCAGACAGAAAAGCCGUUUGACUACAACAAUAUCAGGGACAACGAUGAGUUUAUCAACCAGUGGUACAAAGAGUACAAGAAAUAUGAACCUCCGGUGGCGACCGAAAAGACGGAUUCUGGCGUUAUGGAUGUUGCGCAAAAGUCAAAGCAACAGUCUGUGCAGUUGUGGCACACGCCAACGGAGUUGUUCCUGCCGUUCUAUGGUGAAGCCUUGGCCAACUACAUCCUUAUGAACUACAAGCUCAACCAGUACCCGUACAACGACCUUAUCAUCUACGAAAUGGGAGGUGGUAACGGGACGUUGAUGGCCAACAUUUUAUCGUACAUCCGCCAACACCAGCCGGACAUCUACGCCCGCACAAAGUACAAGAUCAUCGAGAUUUCGUCUAAGCUCGCGUCCAAACAGAUGAAGAGCGCGAUCUCGCUCAAGUUGGCGGAAAACAACCUCGAUGCUUCAAAGGUUCAGAUCAUCAACAAGUCUAUCUUUGAAUGGGACACCAAGGUCACCGAUCCCUGCUACUUCAUCGCGUUAGAAGUAUUUGACAAUUUCUCCCAUGACGUUGUUAGAUACGACAACCUCACGCAGCAGCCCUACCAGGGCUACGUCUCGGUGGAUGAUAACGGUGACUUCAAGGAGUUCUACUCGCCGGAAUUGACCCCCUACACAAAAUCGUUCUUGAACCUUAGAGAGCGCACGAAGUUCGCGUCCAACGGCGAUAACCAGGACUUGAGCCUCAUGGAGAGGGCCAAAAAGGUAUGGAAACCGCAGAUGCCGCUUGACGAACCGCUCUACUGGCGCCAGAUGAAGAAUCAGUGGUGGCCGUUCCGCUAUGGCCUUUCGCAGGCCGAGUACGUGCCUACGCGUCUUGUGGAGUUCUUCCACAUCUUGAAGUACAAGUUUCCGAACCACAGCUUGUUGACGUCCGAUUUCCACUACCUUCCGGACGCCCUGCCCGGAUAUACCGCGCCGGUCGUGCAGACCAUGUUGGGCUCUAAGAUGGUCACCACCGACACAUACAUGGUGUACCAGGGGUUCUUCGAUAUCAUGUUCCCGACUAACUUUGAGUUAGCGUGUGAGUUGUACAGAGAGAUUACGGGGAAGACGGCAGCUCUUGCCUCGCACCGUGCGUUUUUGGAACAGUGGGCAGAUGUUGAUCAUACAAAGACGAAGAAGGGGGAGAACCCGAUGUUGAACUUCUACCAGAACGCGUCGUUCAUGUAUAGUUAGAGUGAGCGCAGCGGGACUUGGUUUCGAAAUAUGUAGUCAUAGCUAUGUAUGAAGAGAGCACCGACCUGCUAGUGUAUAUAUUAAAGUGAGCUCUAAUUGGUAAUGUGGAGAAAGCCAAAGUUG